AUGAGUUCGCCGUGGAACCAAGAAGAACAAGAACCGUCGCUGGGAAGCAGCACACCCCAGAGUCCCGACGCGCUCCCCGAAGAUCUUCGACUAUUCAAUCGCUCCCCACAUCCCUACCACAGAAGCCAGCAGCUCGAGUCAAGGACCCCCUCCGACUACGGCGACCGUCUCCACCCGCUUUCCUACUCACGAUCAUCGCGGACAACCAGCGACAGUGGCACUGAGGCUGACGAUGAAAGCACCGGUGUCCUACGGGGCCUCCCAGCACCACCGCUCCGACCUCGAAAGGGCCUACGGGCUAACGACACCGAGUACUGGCCACCGAGCCCGCAGCCAUGGCCGUCAUUUGUGCGGCCCAUAGUGCGGGCGUCUCGACGGAGCUCGGAGGAGGAACUUGAGGAAGAGGCUUUCGAAGGGCGAAGGAGGUUUAGACAACAAAGACGGAUGGAGGUCCUCCGGCGCUUGUUGGAGGCUGCGCUUUUACUGUCUGUGGGUGGUGUCGUCUUACAUCAGGACGGGUCACGGGCUUUGGCUUGGGAAUGGCGAAAGGAGAUCGUUGCUCAUGGCCUCGUGGUCUUAAGUCUCUCUGCCUCCUACCCGCUCGUUGUUCGAGCCUCCCAGGGCCGAAGCUGGCGUAUCUGGCGCAUAUGGUCUACGAAACGGACAUACUUCUCGUUACCCUCAAGCUUUGACCCGGCUCCUCUUCUUUACCCGAUUUUCAUUCCGAUUUUUGUCUCGUUGUCGCUUUCCAACCAUCUCGCGCCACUUAUUUUGCCUAAUAUCAUACUCAGCCUAUCCUCGCUACCUACAGCCGUUAUACCAUUACAGAACUGGACUUAUGGAUUCAACGCCAUUCAUUGGAUGGUGUCUAUGAUCCCCGUUCUUGUUUCCGAGCAUUUCUCCUUGGACGGCACACUUCCAAAACCGUUGACGCUUCGCGGGCUUGACGUUGAAUUCCUUCUUCUUCUUUUUCCUUUGCAUCAAGCGUUGAUACCCACUUUAGACUUUCUGUUGACUACCAGCGUUCUUCCUGCUGAGUUGCAACUUUUGACAACUGCUCUGAUCAACCUGUACUUGUUUGCGGCAUCACCCCAAAUGGAAAUCCUCAAAGCCCUCUUAUGGCUUGGCGGCAUGUGCUUGUUUGCUUGUUGCCGACAGAUACUGCGUUGGGAGGUUUCUCUGGCCAGAAUUCCUAAUUGGAAGUUCCGCCGGGCUCCAACCGGCUCGCAGUCGGCGCGCCAGUUCUUGAACAUGAUGGACCAUCGAUUAUGUGAGAAGCUGAGCAAGACUGGGCCUCUCCCAUCGGACGCUUCGUCGGACAGUGAGGGGCCGAGUGCAUUCUCACUUCCAAGGCCGCAAAAAACGCGGACUAUGCGGAACAACCGCUCUGCCGGCCCGGCAGAAGAGCCUUCUUCUGAGGUUGACAAAGUUGGGACACGAGCCACCGUUGAUCAGCAUGCCCGCAACGUGCGACGGCGACGCCAUACGAUAUCUACGUUCGAUGAAGCCGUUCGGGGGGAACGGGUCCGCACUACCCCUGGUGGCAGACGCAAGAAAUUGAUGGGCCCCAAUCUAGCCUCUUUCCUUUUGCUCACUUCGGCCCAAGCGCAAGUACGUAAAUGGCUAUACGCUGGUUACGUCUAUGCUUUGUCCUUGAUGAUUAUUUUAGGACCUAUUCGAAAAUACGUCGCGGAGCGCGCUCUACAAGGCCAAGAUCCGUUCGGUUGGGCUAUCGGCUAUCUGUUUGGCAACUUGUCACGAGUUCGAUUCUGGAUUCUUAUGUUAAACCUUGAGUACUGGAUUGAACUGCCGCCUCGCCCUGAUUCUGAGGUCCUGAGUGCUUCCUGCUUCCUCGGUUCGGUUGAACGUAUUCGACAGGCCACUUUCGGGGCGGCCAACACUCGCUUACUACUCUGUGGCUACUGCGUGUUGGUACUAUUGACCGGACUGGCUAUCGUCGUUAAGCUCAGCUCCGUUGUCGAGGUUGACACACGCCGCAAGAUCUUCCACGGCAUGAUGGUAGUGAUGUUCCUCCCCUCUAUCUUUGUGGACCCCGCCUUCUGCGCCAUGGCGUUGGCCCUGGUCCUCUCGAUAUUCCUCCUAUUGGAUCUGUUCCGCGCGUCUCAGCUACCCCCCAUCUCGCGCCCUCUCACCAAUUUCCUGGCCCCAUACGUUGACGGCCGCGAUCACCGCGGACCUGUCAUUAUCUCACACAUUUUCCUGCUGAUUGGGUGUUCCAUUCCUCUUUGGCUGUCACUUUCCGAUCUUCCUCGGUUCGGCGUCGGUCCAUGGGCUGGCUGGGAAAUCCAGUCACGAGAUGUCAGCAUGGCCAGCGGAGUGAUAUGCGUUGGCAUGGGCGAUGCGGCUGCGUCUCUCGUUGGCCGACGGCACGGUCGACUGAAGUGGUUCUGGGGAGGCGGCAAAUCCCUCGAGGGCAGUGUUGCAUUUGUUGCAGCUGUCACCUGCGGGCUGAUCGCAGUUCGUGCCUGGCUAGUGCUCGGCGGAUGGCCUGUCUCUGGGAUCGAAUCAUCCGAAGGGGCAGCUUUCUCCACUCACUUCUGGGCCUGGACUUCUGUCAAGGCUAUUCUGGCGGCCGCCGGAACAAGCGCCACCGAGGCCAUCCUCACUGGUUGUAAUGACAACGUCGUUGUCCCGGUGGUGUUGUGGCUGCUAGUGCGAGGUCUUGGCGUCUGA